UGACUGUUCGACUCGAGACACCCAGACCCCGAUAUUUCUCUGAUCUUUAAAUUCCAAUAUCCCUCUUCUUGCCCGACAGCAACAGCAACCUCAAAUAUUCAUACGUCAACAAUCUGCAUUGCUUUUACCUUAGGUAGAAUCUGAAGCAUCUCUAGGUCUCUAGGUACUUAACUUGGUAGUCGAGUCAACAACCAACCACUUCCAACUUCUGCGCAUCUUCACGAGCAUGUACAAAUCUUGGAAGUGUUGCCUCUAAUCAAAUGGGCGACCUGAAAGCCCGCAUCAAGGCCAGGUUCCUGCGGAGAAAUAGCGCAUCUCCGUCGUUGGCUCCAAGCAGGCACAGUGACAGCCGCAGUUCGCGACAAGACCAACAGCAUGCAUCACAAGCCGGAUCCCGGGGCAGCUCCUCCAAACCACACUCUGUCAAUACUACCCACGCCGCUUCCUCAAUAAACACCUCGGGGGAAGGCGAUGACAUCAAUCCCAGAGGAAGCAGCAGCGGCGACAAUCACGGAGAUGACUCCAAAGCACACCUUCACCCUACCAGCAGUAACGGUGAUGGCUCUCUGUCGAUAGCAGCUGCCAAUAACGACGCCAGCAAAAGCACCAUCUCGACUGCAGCUACGUCGCCCGGUCCACUCACGCCGUCUACAAAUGCAAAUACCUGCACCAAGGACAGCGCAACCGACGACGCAUCAUCUCCUAGUCCUCAACAAACCGACAACAUUGUUAAUGAAUCGAGUGAUACCGACGGGCCUGUUUCAAUGUCGGGCACCGGCGCCAACGACGGCGGCAGCGGAGACUUGGGAGUAGAAAGGGGACUGGGAUGUGCUGAGACUAAAACACUAGCCAACUCAAACAAUAAUGCUAACGAUAAAUCGUCCCGCACCUCGACGGCCUCCACUUUGGGAAGCGAUCUGCAAAACUCCAGUGUAACGGCGCCCGACAUCAUCACGCAUCUUCCCAGUAUCAACGAAGACCCCACAGCAUUGUUAACAUCACCUGCAAUUGCAGCCUCGUCGUCGCAAACCACAGGCCCGUCGCUCGCACCACCUCCAUCCAUCUCGCUCAAUUCGCCCAACUCGCCCAACUCGCCAGUACCGUUGCCUGCGGCCACGCCUGGGGCCGCCAAUCUCGACGACUACGACGAACAGUCUGAUGUGCUGAGUCCCGACAUUGGAACGCCAACGCCCCUCGGUGUUCCUGCGUCCCUACGAACGUUUCCCACUGCCACCCGACCAGCCGUUCCUCGACGCCAAAGCAUUCUCCCUAAUCGCCAGACCACCUUGAUACGAGCCCUGCUCAAUUCGGGCCAGGCUCAAGAUCUAGGCUUGGCUGAUCCAGACCAGUACAGCCUCAUCAGCCCUAACAUGGUGACACGUAAGAUCUGGGUCAAACGACCGGGUGCGUCGGCCACACUCGUUACCAUCAAUGAAGAAGAUCUUGUCGACGAUGUGCGCGACAUGAUUCUUCGCAAAUAUUCCAACUCGCUAGGACGACAGUUCGAUGCACCCGAUCUGACGCUGCGAAUAUGUCCUAAAGAACAGAAUCCCCGGCUCUUACAGCCGGACGAGCCCAUGGGUAGAACGCUCGAUGCCUACUUCCCCGGUGGCCAGACCGUCGACGAUGCCAUCCUGAUCGACGUGCCCACUCGACGGACCCCGAAGGCCUCCCCCAACCCUAGAUACUACGACGACCGGCCUCACGAGUCAGGGACUGACUACUUCCCACCAUACCCACCAGCAAAUUCCCAUCACACGGUUCCUGCGACGGCUAUUGUCAAUGGGGCUCACGGCAUCAACUUCCCACCUUCUAUGACCAUCAUCGGCAGCAAUGGACAGCUCCCCCCGCUACCGUCACCUGGUGGCAGGUCACGUCUAGGCGGGACGAGACCCAAGAUGCAGAGAAUGCACACCGCAUCGCCCGUAUCCACAAAUGGCCAUGUAACGCACAGCCAACAUGCUGCCAUAACAAGUACAUCAGGCAUUGGUACGCUUCAAUACUCGAUAAGACCAGUGCGCUCAAGGACUCAUUCAGGUGCAUCUUCAGAACAAACAUCACUUUCCACUCAUGCCCAUCAAGCGCCCGCAGCUCCACCAAUGGCCACACCUCCUAUUCCAGAGAGCGUUGAUAGUCCUCCCCGUGUUUCUUCGCCCCGUCCCCCUAACCGGCCCAAGAAGACCAAGAAGGUUAUUGAACACCCAUCCCUUCCGCCUGGUAUGCUGAACGGCGGUGUUCCUCCCAUUAACGUACUCAUUGUCGAAGACAACAUCAUUAAUUUGAAGCUCCUCGAGGCUUUCGUCAAGAGGUUAAAGGUGCGGUGGCAGACAGCUAUGAACGGUCGGGAAGCCGUCAACAAGUGGCGAGCUGGUGGUUUUCAUUUAGUACUGAUGGAUAUCCAGUUGCCAGUCAUGAAUGGCCUUGAAGCAACCCGGGAGAUCCGGCGAAUUGAGAAGGUCAACUCGAUAGGUGUGUUUUCGUCAGGGGCUAUCUCUGCGCCGGAGCAGGUAAGCUCCGAGCCGGAGGAGGGUGAUAAACUGAGCAACACAGAGAUGUUCAAGAGUCCUGUCAUUAUCGUUGCUCUUACAGCAAGCUCCCUACAGAGUGAUCGACACGAGGCUUUGGCCGCUGGUUGUAACGACUUCUUGACCAAGCCCGUGAACUUCGUCUGGCUGGAGAGAAAGGUAAUGGAAUGGGGAUGCAUGCAAGCGCUCAUCGAUUUUGAUGGAUGGAGGAAGUGGAAAGACUUCUCACAGAAAGCAGCCGAGGAUGAAACAGUUAAGAAAGCCGCGGCUACCAAAGCGAAAACGAGCAAAAAGAACCGGCUGUCGAUGACGACUGCCCAAGUCGAGCUAGGCGCCUAGCGACACUACUCGAAUUGAGUGGUUUGAAGCCAUCUCGAGCAACAGACAGCAUACACGCAGUGAUAUUACCAAGACCGGUGAGGCGAUGAACCCAUUGUUGUCUGAACAUACCCCGUUCUCCCAGAUCAACACUCAAACGGCCAGUGGCAUGACACACGAUUUCACCGUGUAACACGACUAUUCAGCGCUUCGACUCGGGGGGCGAAGCAUACUUAAUACGACGAACUGGGAUGACGGAAGGGACAGCUGGUGGGACGGUGCUUUGGCUAACAAAAAGCUAUUAUCAUAGCAGUCGACGUGAAUUCAAACGGGAUGGACUUCGGCCAAGGGCGGCUGGCUCAGAAUGAAAUGACCCCAUAUUUUUACAUUGCUCAAAAUUCCAGGUGCUUCUUGGAGUGCU